UUUAUCAGACACACGACCCGGUGGUAUUUUGGAGCACGAUUGCUUCCACUUAAAACUUAAUUAAAAUAGAAAACGAGCAGUUCGUGACUGAAAAUGACGCUCUACCACUUUGGUAACUGUGCCGCGUUGGUGUACGUGCCGUACUAUUUCACCUACAAAUAUUCCGGACUCUCCGAAUAUGGUGCGUUCUGGAAAUGUGUUCAGGCGGGCGGAAUAUACGUGUUUACGCAGCUCUGCAAAAUGCUUGUCCUUGCAACGUUCUUCCCCGACACCGACACCUUCACGGAAGGUGCACCAUUUAACUUCAUUGCCGAAUUUCUCCGCUGCAGUGUCGAUCUGGUCGACUUCCUUGGGCUUGCCUUCGUGCUGUCUCGAAUUCCGGGCAAGGGGCACAGCAAACUGAUCACCGCCGGGUUGGGCUGGGCAACGGCGGAAGUGAUACUGUCCCGCGGCCUGAUGCUGUGGGUCGGCGCACGCGGGGCCGAGUUUUCCUGGCUCUACAUCCAAAAGUGUCUCGAGUCGAACGUGCUGCUCGUGCAGCACCUGUCGACCGCUACCCUGCUGUGGUUGUUCUCGCGCCACGAUCUGGACAGGAAGCUGGUGCCGCUGGUGGUGCUGCUGCUCGUGGCCACCUCGUACCGGGGCGUUUGGUUGGAGGGAACGCUGCACGCCAUGUCCGCCGGGCCGUGGCUGAGCUUGGCACUGAAAGCCUUUAUCACGAGCUGCAUGGGCGUCGGUACGUUGCACAUCUACUCGGGGCUGGCGCAACAGAUCGGCCUGUAGUGGCGUGGUGUGGGGCCCCCGUUCUCUACUCAAUAGUGUACAACUAUCGAGUUAGUAGUAGUAGCUACUCUUACUUUCAUUGUCUCUAGUGGUGUUUGUUUUGGAAAACUGGUGGACACUUUGAUCGUUUAUAGUUUCGUUUUAUUUAAGUUCGUGUCGUUGCAUCGGGUGAAUAAAUUCAUCAAUAACAAUACGGUGGUUAAACAUA